AUGUUUUUAAGUAAGUGUGCUGACAGUUUAGCUAGACCACUCUGUAUGAUAUUUAACCAAUCAUUUCUAACUGGAACAUUGAAUACAAGCUGGUUAAAAGCGAAUAUCACUCCAAUUUUUAAAAAUGGGGAUAGGUUGAAUGCAGGUAACUACCGUCCAAUUUCAUUGACCUCUGUUGUUUGUAAAGUAAUGGAAAGUAUUGUUAAGGAUACAAUAAUGAACCAUUUAAAUAAAAAUAAGUUAAUAAUACCAGAACAACACAGAUUCAUUAAAUCAAAAAAUUGUGUAACAAACCUUCUUGAGACAUUAGACAUAAUAACAGAAGCAAUAAAUUGUGGAAAAUGUGUUGAUGUUGUCUUUUUAGAUUUUUCUAAGGCAUUUGAUUCAGUUUCGCAUUCCAGGCUGCUCUUGAAACUUAAGUCAUUUGGUAUUGUCGGAAAAUUGUUGCAAUGGUGUAAAGCUUUUUUAGCAAAUCGAAAACAGAGAGUUGUUUUGGGACUGUUUGAAUCAAAAUGGGAAACAGUUCGUAGUGGGGUACCACAAGGAUCGAAAGAUAGUUACGAGCAAAGAUUAGAGAAAAUGGACUUACAAAAUCUAUCAAAUAGAAGGGAAAAAGGUGAUCUUAUCCAAAUCUACAAAUUCAUGAACAAAAUUGAUACUAUCAAUUGGCAUCGUGAACCAGAAGUAUUGGGUAGACUAACUAGAGGACACAAUCACAGGUUGCGAAGGCAGUAUGUUUAA